GCUGAAGCAGGGAGUUUCGUGCAAGACCCAAGUCGUAGUAAGCUACGCAGUUUACUUUGGUUUACUUUUCUGCUGUGCUAUUUUGCUAUUUUGUAGAUAGUUGAGAAGAACACUCGAUUUUACGUACACUGGUACUGGACCAGCCAGAAUUAAAACGUGUGAUAACGCAGAAAGUAAACCAGAACAAUAGCGAAAAAAGUAUCUGAUUUUUAAUAUCGUCGCAUGCAAUAAAUUGUAUAGCACGCGGCAUUUUAUAGUGAAGUGUAUCAAAAUAUUGAAGUGGUAGUGGGUGGUAAGGUGAUAAACACAGUUAUAGAUGGUAGAGCACACUAAUAAGUAGCAGAAUAAAGCGAGUUGUUUUCCAGUUCGUUAUACUGAGAACUAAGCAAUUCGUACAUCGAGUCGUGGUUUGAAAAUCUCGCGUUGUCACGCGCUAAAAAUAAUUCCUCGUGCGUUUUCGGAAUAAGUGCAUUAUGCCAAGGAAAAACGAGGUUUAGGUCGCUGCAGUGGAAGUAGAAAAGACCCUGGAAUAUCAUGGAGAGGCUGUCAUCGAGAAUUGGGUAUUACUUUCGCUGGAUGCGAAGUGAUCGACAUUCGCCAAGUUGCAAAGAUUGCGAUCAUGCGACAGUAAUAUCGGACGAGCAUUGUCAAAAAUGCAAGGACAGUACUGAAUCCAUUAAACGGAUUUUCGGAAUUCUUGAAAGCAUCCUACUCUGGGAGAAUUCGGUCAAUAGUAUUUCCGUAGUGAUUGUUUUUAACAUUUUGUUUUGGGGUAUUGUGGUUCUGGAAAUCCGUGGCUUUGCAGCAGCCAGCAGUGCUGCGCUUGUCAUUGUCAUUGGUUACAGUACCGUCGAAAAUCAGGCUCAAAAGGAGAAAGGACCAAUUUCAAAAGUAUCUCAAACGAAGGCUGAACAAAUUGACAAAAUAGUAGCAAAAGCUAAAUCAACUUGGAAGAACCUGAAACAACUGCGAAAAGAUCAGCCAGGAGUGUUCUGUACUGCGGUGUGUACCCUUUCUUUGGGCAUAUGGCUGAUAGGACGAACUAUAAAUGGCGUAUUACUUGCAUACACGAUAUGCAUGAGUAUUUUGAUUGGGCCCGCACUUAUAUUACAAGUACCUUCCAGAGCACUGUCAAAUAAAGAAUGGGACAGUGAGAUAGAGGAGUUUUUACCUGUGGUGACAGAGGACAAUCUCGAGGUUUUAAAGCUUGCUGGAGAAUCUGGAGAUCAUUCUCCAACUCCACCUCCUGUAGUGUCAGAAAUGAAAAAUGAUCCUUUCGAUCUCGUAGGACUGAAAAUGCCUUCUCAUGAAGAAGGCAGUACUGACGGAUUAGAACUAUCAGAAUUGGAACUCAGUGCCGGUGAAACCGAUAUUGACGGUAUCAAGUUUCAGAGCGGCCAUUUUGAAAAAGGCUCGUCAUCUGGAGAAGAAGAAGUCGAACUUGAUCUAAAAUCGCAAUCUUUUUUAAGUCACAGCAGAGAAGAUAGCGAUAGUGAAUUUGAAAUAAUCGAUAGCCAUGAAAUAGUACAUUUCAAAGAUGUUUGAUUCGAAUUCAGCAUGUCGAACUUUGCAAGAGGUUGUUCAUCAGAUUCAGGAAAUUUCAUGCAACAUAUAAACGUAAAGUUCACGGUAAUGUAUAAAGCAAAGGAAUCUAGUUUGUUAAAAAAAAAAAGAAAAAAAAAAAAGAAAUGGAAAAUAUUUAUAUCUUAUUUCGAAAUAUACUUACCCGAUAUUUCGAAUGACACUUAGUUUUAUACAAUGAUGCGUGAUCAUGUUACAUUAAAACUUUUAAACACGGGUAUGGAAUAUAACGAGUAAUUUAUUUGCAAAUAUGAGUGCAUAUUACUGCGGUGUUACACAAAUGUCUGUAACCAAAGUCAUUUAAUAAUUCUAUAUACGCUAUAAAAAUAUUUUUUCAUCAUUAUUAAUAUUUACAUGGAAUUCAACAUGUAGCAUAGAAAUGUGGCAGAAGACUUUACUUAUUUUUGUUGGAGAUAAUAUUCUUUUAUACACAUAACUCCAUAUCUUAGAAAAAAAUAGAAUUUUCUACAUCAGUAUAAUCAUCAAUGGAAGCAACUUGUUAUUUUUUAUUUAUUAUGAUCAGAGCUGGAUUAAGGGAGGUAUCAAUUAAAAAAAUUUGAUACCUUCAGGUUUAAUUUGACCAUCCGAAGUCAAAGUGUAUACAGUAUCAUAUAUAUUUUUUUCAGCUUUGAUUAUGACAUAAUUCAAAAAAUAUUUUACUAAAA